CUCUGCAGUGGCCACCCUGACCCUCGUUUCUGAACCCACCAAGACUGUUCCUCCUCAGAUUUGUAACAGAUAUUCCUUCUGCCUAGAAUACCCCCAGCUCCCCUCACCUGUGGGAGGUCUCUGAGCACCCUAGCUAAAUUAGCUCCGCCCUUCACCCACCCCCCACUCUGUUUCUUUUGCUUCCUAGCAAAUGCUAAUGAUAUGAACUCAACCAGUCUUGUCUAUUAUUUACUUGUUUAUUGUCGGUUUUCCCUUCAACAACAGUCCCUGAAGGGGCACUGUGUCUCUGUGGCCUAUCACCCAACCCCUAGUGCCAAGCCGCGCCUGGAACAAAGUAGAUCUCUAAUAUUCGUUGGAUAAAUGAUCUUUUCAAAUCCUAAGAAUCUUGAGAGGUCUGGGAGAAACCCGGAGUUUCUGUCAGGCUCAGGAUUGGAGUCCUGUCUGUCUGAGCACAGCCCUCGCCUUCCUUCCCAGGGUAUCUCGCCUCUUUCCACAGUUCCCUAUCUCCCCCCACCUUUCUCACACACUCAAUCCUCCUUUCCAGAGCAGACAUGCUGACUUCUAGUCUCUUUUCAGGGCUUGGUGCCGGUCCUCCAAGCCCUCCCACAUUUCGGGGGCUCAGAGUCGCCACCCUGUUCCUAAAAUGGACCCUGCCGGCUGCGCGAAUCCCCCUCCCUGGGCCCCCAAUCAGGGGCUGUGAGGGGUCCCACAAGGUCUGUGGUAAAACGGAGAGCGCCUCCCUAGCCCACCGGUAGUAACGGUUCGGCGCCCUCUGUCCCACUCACUGGCCAAGUACCUCCAGGGCCUAGUGGGGGUGAGUUGGAAGCUCCAGGAGUCAAGGGCAAUGAGGACAUUCAGGGCCGAAAUGGGUUUGGGCCACCUUCGCGCAGCAGAACCUUUCUUCAUCGGGUCUGGUUUGCCGGCCGGUCGGCUUUGUAAGAGACACCCCACUUAAUCGUCCCCCGCUCGCACCCUCCCCCUCCCGUCCUUAUCUGCGGAGGCCCGCCUUCCUCCCGGUUCCGAGCCCAGGGGCUGCUGCCGCCCGAGCGUUCAGCCUCGCUCCGGGGGUCUCGCCAGGCGCGGACUUCCAGGCCAUCAUCAGCGUCUAGCGCUUCUGAGCUCCAGUGGGCUAGGGCCUGCGGGAUUCCUCCAGCUGGGGAGGACGGAGAGCGGAGGCAGAAGCAGUUUCAGGCCUUAGGCCCGGCGGUCCGGGUUGGGUGAGACGCUGCCAUCAUUCGCCAUCUGGGGCACGCGCGGGCCUCUUGGGACCUCGCUGGCGACCCGUAGCUCGGGCACGCGCCUGUCGCAGCCCGCAGGAAGGAGGGGUCCGGCCUGAGGCCCGGGGCGGCGGCCGCCAUGGAGAUCCCCUCGGCCCGGGGCCGGCGCCUAGGGCUUUGGGGGCGGCCCUGACAGCCCUCCUCAGUGCCCGGGCUGAAUCGCGGACGUGCCCCUGGCGGCAUUGGGCCACCUCUGCGUCUCCACCCUCCACCGGCCGCACUGCUGCCUGGGUGCGGCGGCGGCGGCGGCGGCGGCGGCGGCGGCGGCGGCGGCGGCGGCGGCGGCGGCGGCGGCGGCGCCCUGUUGAAUGGGCUGUGAGGGCCCAGGUUUGAAGCGCUGGCGAACGCGGCCUCCGGGGGCGCAAGGCAGCAGCAGCGGUGGCGACCAAACGGGUAUUGGAGUUGGCGGCGGCCAUGGAGGGCCUGGCUGGCUAUGUAUACAAGGCGGCCAGCGAGGGCAAGGUGCUGACUCUGGCCGCCUUGCUUCUCAACCGGUCUGAAAGCGACAUCCGCUAUCUGCUUGGCUAUGUCAGCCAGCAGGGAGGGCAGCGCUCCACGCCCCUCAUCAUCGCGGCUCGCAAUGGACACGCAAAAGUGGUGCGCUUGCUGUUAGAACAUUACCGGGUGCAGACUCAGCAGACUGGCACCGUCCGCUUCGACGGGUAUGUCAUUGACGGCGCCACUGCUCUUUGGUGUGCAGCAGGAGCAGGACAUUUUGAAGUUGUUAAGCUUCUAGUCAGUCAUGGAGCCAAUGUGAACCAUACCACAGUAACUAACUCGACCCCCCUGCGGGCAGCAUGCUUUGAUGGUAGAUUGGACAUUGUGAAAUACUUGGUUGAAAAUAAUGCCAACAUCAGCAUUGCCAACAAAUAUGACAACACCUGCCUAAUGAUUGCAGCAUAUAAGGGACACACUGACGUGGUCAGAUACCUUUUAGAACAACGUGCUGAUCCGAAUGCUAAAGCACAUUGUGGAGCUACAGCGUUGCACUUUGCAGCUGAAGCUGGGCACAUAGAUAUUGUGAAAGAGCUGAUAAAAUGGCGUGCUGCUAUAGUAGUGAAUGGCCAUGGGAUGACGCCAUUAAAAGUAGCAGCUGAAAGCUGUAAAGCUGAUGUCGUCGAACUGUUGCUCUCUCAUGCUGACUGUGACCGGAGGAGUCGGAUUGAAGCUUUGGAGCUCUUGGGUGCCUCCUUUGCAAAUGACCGUGAGAACUAUGACAUCAUGAAGACAUACCACUAUUUAUAUUUAGCUAUGCUGGAGAGGUUUCAAGAUGGUGAUAACAUUCUAGAGAAAGAGGUUCUUCCACCAAUUCAUGCUUAUGGGAAUAGAACUGAAUGUAGAAAUCCUCAGGAACUGGAAUCCAUUCGGCAAGACAGAGAUGCUCUUCAUAUGGAAGGCCUCAUAGUUCGGGAACGGAUUUUAGGUGCCGACAACAUUGAUGUUUCCCAUCCUAUCAUUUACAGGGGAGCUGUUUAUGCAGAUAACAUGGAAUUCGAACAGUGCAUCAAGUUGUGGCUUCAUGCCCUGCACCUCAGACAGAAAGGUAACAGGAAUACCCAUAAGGAUCUUCUUCGAUUUGCCCAAGUGUUUUCACAGAUGAUACAUUUGAAUGAAACCGUGAAGGCCCCAGACAUAGAAUGUGUUUUGAGAUGCAGUGUUUUGGAAAUAGAGCAAAGUAUGAACAGAGUAAAAAAUAUUCCAGAUGCUGAUGUCCACAAUGCGAUGGACAAUUAUGAAUGUAAUCUCUAUACCUUUCUGUAUUUGGUGUGCAUCUCCACCAAAACCCAGUGCAGUGAAGAAGAUCAGUGCAAAAUUAACAAGCAGAUCUACAACCUGAUUCACCUCGAUCCCAGAACUCGUGAAGGUUUCACCUUGCUGCAUCUAGCUGUUAACUCAAACACCCCUGUUGAUGAUUUCCACACCAAUGACGUCUGCAGCUUUCCAAACGCGCUUGUCACGAAGCUCCUGCUGGACUGUGGUGCUGAGGUGAAUGCUGUGGACAAUGAAGGGAACAGUGCCCUUCACAUUAUCGUUCAGUACAACAGGCCCAUCAGUGACUUUUUGACCUUGCACUCUAUCAUCAUUAGUCUAGUUGAAGCUGGCGCUCACACCGACAUGACAAAUAAGCAGAAUAAGACUCCACUAGACAAAAGUACAACUGGGGUGUCAGAAAUACUACUUAAAACUCAAAUGAAGAUGAGUCUCAAGUGCCUGGCUGCCCGGGCAGUUCGGGCUAAUGACAUUAACUACCAAGACCAGAUCCCCAGAACUCUUGAAGAGUUUGUUGGAUUUCAUUAAGUGACUGGAUAUGUAAAAUCGUUUAAUGUGGUGCUAAAAAGUAAAGGACUUUAAUCACAGACAAUAGAAUUAUGUGUUCAUAAAUUCUACUUUUCUUUCCACUACUCUUCCUCCCUACCCAGCCUUCCUUAGUUUUGUAUGUGGUCUUCUUGCCUCAUAUGGUAAUUGAUUUCAAAUAUACUUUAAACAAAGCCACAUUGUUUAGGUGUAACUAUAAUUUAAUGUGUUUGGAUAUUGGUCACUUAACUUUUUUUUUUGAGGAAUGGAUAUAAAAUAUUUUGUUUAUGUAACAAAGGACAUUUAUGAUUUGAAGUUGAUAAUGUUUUGUUUUUUUUUUUUUUAAAAACUGCCUACAAAAGUAUUUCUGUUAAGCCUGUGUCAGCAUGUUAUCCUUUGCAGCAGUUCUGAGGAUUUCAUGAAGAAAAGCAACUAAAAGUAAUAGAUUAUCCAGAUGUUCUGCACAUGCCAAACUGCUAUAGGUAGUUUUCACUCUUCCAUUAUUUAUGUGAAGUGAUAACAACACAUUAGAACAUCAGGAGGGUUUUAAAAAGUAUAGCUGCAGAUUAAUCUGAAAAAAUGUGCUCACUUAAUAAUAGUUACAAAUUUAUAAAGUUAAAUCCAUUGAAAUUGUUGAAUUAUGCUGGGUGAUACAUACAAAAUAGUAGUAUUCUUAAAGCAACUUUUCAGAGACUAUUAAUGGACUAUUUGCUUUUAGGCUUGGAUUCUAAAAUUUGUGGAAAUCUCAGUUUUAAUGUAAUUAAUCUAAAUUGUAACAGCCUGCAUUUGAGUCAGCUCACAGACAUGUAAAAAUUAUGAAUGCUUUGUUUUCUUAUGAAACAAGUAGUUAUACAUUCUAUUUUUGUCCCCUUUGCCCUUUCCUCCUAUGUGGUAUCUUUUAAAAUUGGAAACUACUUUUCCAGAGGGCAUUAUUUGUGCCUCCCUAAGAUGGUGUUUAUGACAGAUGAAGAGGAACUGGAUAUUUUUAAUGUUUUCACUUCAGUCUGUGAUAAUAAGUAGAAAAACCACUAGUGUGGUAUAGGAAGUUCAAUGUUUUUGAUGAUGAAAAUAAUUCCCAAUGACAUUUUGAAAGAUACUUCUGUUUGAGGGCAGCACAUUUUGCAACCACAAAAUGUUACUUUUUCUGACAGGCUAUAUGGAGGUCUUAAUGUUUUUUGGUUUAUUUUUAAUGGCAACACUUUAACUGUCAGACUAAAAGAAUAUUCCGUGAUUAUCUUUUAAGCAUCACAGAAAUUCAAGUAAAGGUACACAGCUAUUUCUAUUGAUGUUAAAAAUGAUAAAUAAAAUUAGCUAUAUCUGUAUUUUUCUCUCUAGUGCCAAAUGAAUGCCUUAGCUACUCAUAGUGCAUGGUACUGUAAGUGAACACCUGCAGCUUUUUUUCUUUAAUGAAAAGCACUAUAAAGAUGUAACAACAUCAGAUAUAAACAAACAAAACUUGUAAAGUUUCAGUUAACAUUUUAUGUAUGGCUAUUGCUUUGUGAAGUGUAAGAAAAAGUUUGCAGUUGGACAGUAUAGAACAUAAUGACCAAGCCAAAAUCAGCACCUAGGGCCUUAAAUAAAAUAGAGAAACCCCAUGAAAUGAAAUACUUUGAAGGGUGGGAGGGAAUGGAUGGAGGGACUUUAAAAACUUCUCCCCCCAAGAAUGCAAGAUACUUUUACUGUUGUAGUUAUACUCUGCGUGUCUUCUUGCCUUAGGAGUGUUUUGAUGGUGAGUUCUGUCAUGGUAAUAUAUUUGUGUUUCUAACCUGAGAUUUUUACAAGGAAGGUUUUUUGGAUGGUUUGAGUCAGACCUAAGUUGAAAAUUACUGGCCUUGAUUCUUGGCAACUCUCAUGAUCUGAAAGAGGAAAUGCACAUUUUCCAGGUGAGUGAAUCACACCUUUUUCACAGCUCAGAUCAGAUCUUGUAUUUUUUAGACUUCAAGGCCUGCUUUUUUGACAGUCUGAGGAAUGGCUAUGAUACUUGGUAUUUACAUGGUUCCAUUCUUAAUGUAUAUUCUUUUUAAACAUAAUAUCAAAACUUAAAAUAUCAGAUUAUGUUGCAUGUUUUAAAAACCAUUUCAUCUCUUUGGCUACCCAGGACCAGAACUAUUUUAGAUAUUUAUAAAAUGAGGAUAAUGAUUAUCUGUACAUAUUCAGACAUCAAAACUUAAUGACACAGUUUUUGAGACAGGAAGACUGAAUGCUGGAGAGAUUAAAACUGCUGAUUAAAAUGCUGACAGAGUUGGAGAAAGAAUUUGAAGACAGUGGAAUAGACUAUGAACUCUGCUAAUGAAUGGUAACUGACAUUUUUUUUAAAAAAACUAUAGUAUAGCAGUACAUUGUACACUAUAUUGCUAAGGAUCUAAUUUUGUCUUGUAAAAUAAAUCCAAAUAUGUAUUGUGAAACACCUGUAUAAAACCAUUCUUGAAACAAGUGAUCUACAUGCCUGUUUUUUUGUUUGUUUGUUUGUUUGUUUUUUGGUAGAAUUAUUUUAAGAUAUGUUUAGCCAAACCCUUCCAAACUUAUUUUGUUUUGUUUUUAAGGAAAAUAGGUAAGCAAGGUGAUAGUUGUGUAUCUCAUCUCUGAGAGCACUAGGCUAUUGCCACUUUCUAGCCACUUUUGUCAUUUUUAUAUUUAUUAUUAGUAGAAUUAUGCUUUGGAUAAGUCUUCCUUGAUAACAUUACAGAUUCAGUCAAAACUUCUUGGUCUUGCUCAGUAAUUGUCAUAUAAAUUUGGUUGAACUAGAGGCCUGGGUGGAUGAAUGCCUGGGCAAACCAUGUGAAAUCUGGGUGGGUUUUGUACUUCAGAGUUGGUAAAAUUGAACUCUUGAGUUUAGGUAAGGAAUGGGCAUCAAAUCCAUCCCUUCAACUGCUAAAGAAGGGGAAGUUUUUUGACCUAAGAAUUUGGACACUUUAGUUUUCAGUCUACCUUGGAUUGCUCUAGUAGGCCACGGUCUAAGUACCUUCAGGUUCUGUGCUGUGGGACCUUCAGACAAACAAACCAAAAGGCAAGCUUUGGUCUUGCUUCUGGGAAGGGUUUUAUUUCAUUACACGAAUAGUUGAUUCAUAACUGGUAAUUAUGAGAAACUUAGGUAUGAUAGCACUGGUUGAAGUAAAAUAUAAUUUGUGGGCAGCAGCUCCAUAAGUAUCAACUCUGUAUUUGGCAAGUGUUUUUGAAAAUCAAAAUCCCAAGGGAACAAUAUCCUGUUAUAGGUCUCCUCAGUUGAGGCAGCUACUUUAGGGAUAAGGCCACUUUGGAUUAUUCAAGCAGAAGCAUUUCUUAUUUGGGGAGUGGGGCGGGGUAAGGAUUGAGUUGUUGGACUUUGGAUUACAGUUUGCUGGUUUUAGAAGCAGCCAGUGAUUGAACAGAGAGUGGAUGGGUAAAAGUUUAAAGGACCUGUUUUUAUGGUAGACUUUUCUGUAAAAAUCUUAAAUGUUCCUUUUCAGGCUAGCCAGAUAUAUCAAUGUACAGAUGACUACUCCAUUUUCCUGACUAUACUAUAACAUUAAAAUGAGUUAAAACCAAACUCUGCGUUUUGCUCUAUGAAAAGUUAUUAGUCCAUAAGAUUUUAAGCUGUGUGUUCACUCCUACUCUGAAAAUGCACAGCCCUGCUCUGGAUACCUUUUUGGAAAGUAGAGGGCUCCUAAUGUGUAUGGCACAUUGCUGGGCUUUCUCAUACAUUCCUGGCAGACUUGCCCAAAUCCUCAGAUGGGCUGGGUUGUACAGUAUCUUUUCCCCCAAAUGUGGGAUCUGAAAUAAAUACUACAUGGAUAGUGGUGAUAGAUAUAUUAAUUUUUAAAGCUAUAAAGUAAAUGUGGUCUUUAGUCCUAGGUUUGUGGUGUGUUCAUUUGUGUUAACGUGUAGGGAAGGGACACUGACUCGAUGGUUAUGGGGAGUGUUAUCUUGAUUAUGUGCAGGGGUGCGAAUUGCUCAAUUAUUAACAGCUUUUCAUUUAGGGGUGAGUCAUGUGAUGAGUGGCCUAAUCAGAAAAAUGAAGGAAUGAAGAUGCAAGCUUUGCCAAGUGAUCACGUGAACAAGGUUUUGUAUCUUUUUAAAAUCAGGUGUUGUAAAAUUUGUGCAUGGCCUUUUUUGUUGUUGUUGCUUAGUAAUUGAUAGGGGAGAAAAAAAUGAGGGGGACAAAAAAAAAAAAAACCCCUCGGCUUUGCUAACCAAUCUUUUCAGAGAUACAUGGCUGAGGAGUAAAAUCUGACUGGCGUAACGUGUUGAAAGAUCCUCUAUAAUAUUCACCCUAUCCUGCAAUCUUCCAUAUAGAGGACAUACAUUGUUGUAUUCUAGUAAUUCACUGUGAUUUAUAACAAACCAGUGAUGUCAUUCUAUUGUGCACUUUUGUCAAACCAUUUAUGUGACUUUAAUAAACAUAGUAAACUUGCUGACUGCAACCAGAGGUCUGUUAGUGAUUUAUAUAUUGCAUGACAUUUUCUAUUUGAGUUUGACUAUUUUUAAUUUCAUGAUAACUGACAGUCCUAAUAGCCCAGCUAAUUUGAAACUAACAAUAUUGCUGUGUAAAAGGAAAAAUUGGUGUUUGUGUUCAGUAAAUGUUUGGAAAAAAAAAC